AUGAACGAAGAUAUCGACAAAAUAACCAAAUCUUGUCGUACCUGCCAAGAAUUCCAACCAACGCAAACCCGACAACCACUCAUCCCAACAGAGAUACCACCUCGCCCUUGGCAUACAAUUGCCACUGAUCUGUUCUAUCUUGAUAACACAGAAUAUUUGCUUGUUUCCGACUAUUACUCCAAGUACCCAUUUGUGAGGAAAAUCCCAAAAGGGCAGAGCAACAGCAAGACCAUUAUAGCGAUCCUAAAGCAGAUAUUCAGCGAACAAGGAAUCCCAGAAGUCGUUCGUUCUGAUAACGGUCCACAUUAUUCCAGCAAGGACUAUCGCGAAUUUGGUAAUGAAUACGGGUUCCAGAUAGUAACAAGUUCACCCCAUUAUCCCCGAAGUAACGGGUACAUUGAAAGUCAAGUGAAGACAGUGAAAGCAAUAUUAGCUAAAGCUAAGAAGACCGAAACUGACCCGAACAUUGCUCUCCUUUGCUUGCGCUUCCACACCGAUAGACAAUACGUUACCAUCACCAGCAGAACUACUCAUGAAAAGGAAACUUAA